AUGUCGGGCGAAAUUCCAUCCACAAUGUGCGUUGGAAAGUGUGUAUUCAAUUCAUCCCAGCAAGCAUGGGUGGGCGAUGCACAACGGCUGAGCACCGCCAGCAAUAUUCCUGACAUUAAUGUCCACGAGGCUUGCCAUAUAUCCGCUGACACUGUAGAUUCGGGGGUCGGGUUUUCAGUGAUUUGUUGCAGGUUUGCAUCCGUGCGUCGCAAUGGCUGGAUGAGGCAGAUUGCUUGGUCUGAGAUGGGGACCACCUGCAUGCUUGCAGCAGAGUGGCACUUGAAUUGCGGAGCAGCAGUUUGGGUGGACACCAAAGGCUGA